AUGCCUCCCAAGGUUGUGCGUGUUCAGCCCGCCGGCGGUCGCUCGAGGCCUGCCCAGCCCCGAGGUGUUGUUGGCGCGACGUACGACUUUAUCACCGCGCCCGAGUACGCUUCUGUUGUACGCAGCGUCGCUGCUUUCGGUGUUGGUGUUGCCUUUCUGGCCAGCUCGUUUGGCGAGUACUUUGACCCGUUGCUUCCUCGGCCACAACCGGCGGUGGCUCUUUCGGCCGCUCCCAUGGUUCUUUCGGAGGUCCCGCUGUUUGUUCCUUUCUGGGCUCUUGCGGUUUGGCCUUCCGCUCUGGUCAUCUACAGCGACUCGGUAUUCGACAUUCAGAUCGACCUGGACGACGAGGCGUUCUUCUUUCUCAUCGCCCCGAUGCUCGAGACCGUCGUCAGCCCCUUCCAGCCGGGAUCGCUAGAAAACGACGCCGAGACGGACGAGUCUCCGCCGCAAACAGUCAAUCCGGCCCUCCUGAUGCGGGACCUCGAUGAGCACGGCGGCAUGCAAAGCCGCCAUCAUCGCCACAGCGCUGCUCCCUGCUCUCCCCCUGAGACACCUUGUCUUCCCCAACUAGGUGUGGAGGAGGAGCAGGCGAUGUUCCGCAGCAAGCGGGAUGCCGAGAUGCAGAGGCUGAGGACUGUGUUUGGCAGUGUGUAA